CUACCUUUUUAUUACCCAAAGAGACAGGUAAAUCCACACCACCACCACCUUCACCGACCGACACAAACAGAUCUCUACCAUCACCACAGCAGAUCUACUACCGCAGUAGUAUAAAAAUAGCAAAAAUGCAGUGUGAACUAUAAAAUGCAGAAAUAUUUAAUCCUGUUCGUUGGCAGUUUGGGCAGCGAGUCCUUCGAGGGCUUGAGGAACGUGGGGGAUGAUGAGUCGCCUGUGGUGGUCGUUAGGGUCGUGGAAUUGGGAGAAGAAGAGGAGAAUCAGGGGGGAGUGCUGAACAUAAAAAUCCCUUGUGAAACGGAGCCACCCUCCACCCUGACCAAAUUCCUGGGCGGCUUCGACGACCCUGCUGCGGAGACCUUGCCCUUAGAUCAGGCCAUGGAUAAGAUCCGGACCCUCUACCCCUUGCACACUCCGAUAACCCUUGGCCACCACCCUCUCCGGCAAUGUUUACUUCCACGUCUACAAAGCAUUAGAGAAGACUUCUCCUGCUUCCAUGAAUACGUCGACUUUUUUAACCUGUUCAGCGGUGGUGGUGCUAGUAGUGGUGGUGAGACAGAACCAUCGGAGGAUGCUGAUGUAAUGGAGUGGAUGCUGGGGGUCGUGAGGGGGAGGGUCAGUGAUCUUGAUAAAAUCGAGAGGGAAAAAAUCAUGGAGAAGUUGGAGCCGGGGAUUUGUACGAAGACGGACUACAUCGACCCAUCGACGGUGAUCCGGGCGAGGGGGCUGCCCUGGCAGAGUUCGGACCAGGACGUGGCCAGGUUUUUUAGGGGUCUGGACAUUGCCAGGGGCGGCGUGGCCCUGUGUCUCUCCUCGCAAGGCCGUCGCAACGGCGAGGCCCUGGUCCGCUUCACUACCUCCACCCAGCGCGACAUGGCCCUGAAGCGUCACAAGCACCACAUCGGCUCCCGUUACAUCGAGGUGUACAGGGCGAGUGGUGAAGAUUUCAUCAACGUGGCAGGGGGAACGAACAACGAGGCCACGACGUUCCUGUCCCGUGGGGGUCACGUGAUCCUCCGGAUGCGGGGGCUGCCCUACGACUGCUCGGCCAAGCAGGUGUUGGAGUUUUUUAAAAACACGAGUAAUAAUAAUAAUGAGGAGAAUAGCGACGAGAAUGGGAACGACCAGGAAGAGAGUGACGAUGGAAUCCCGGUGCACUGCGGGGAGGACGGCGUUUUAUUUGUGAAGCGGGUGGACGGGAGGGCGACGGGGGAUGCCUUUGUCCUUUUUGAGAGUGAGGAGGACGGGGCCAAAGCGCUGUUGAAACAUAAAGAAGUGAUUGGGGCGAGGUACAUCGAGUUGUUUAAGAGCACCACGGCGGAGGUGCAGCAGGUGCUCAACCGCUGCCUGGAACCCCCCCAGCUACUCAAACACCACCCAUCAUCAUCAUCCCCAUCCCCACAUACUCAACACCUCCUCUCUUCCCCCCACCACCACCCACACCACCAUCACCACCCGACACACCAACUGCUCAGCCCUUUACUACUCCCUCAGCAGCAAUUGUCUCCUUUGCUGCACUUAUCUCCCACGGCGCCAGUAGUUCCGCAGCCUCAGCCGCCACCACCUCAGCAGCAACCCGCACCGCCGCCGCAGCAGAUAAUCACCUCCGGGACGAGGAAGGACUGCAUUCGACUCAGGGGAUUGCCUUACGAAGCGCAAGUGGAGCAUAUUUUGGAGUUUCUGGGGGAGCACGCCAAAAAUAUUGUUUAUAGAGGGGUGCACAUGGUUUAUAAUGCGCAGGGCCAACCCAGUGGGGAAGCCUUCAUCCAGAUGGACUCUGAGCCCUCCGCCUUCCUCGCCUCUACCCAAAAACACCACCGGUACAUGCUCCACUUUAAGAAACAGCGCUACAUCGAGGUCUUCCAAUGCUCUGGGGAUGAUAUGAACCUGGUUUUGACCGGGGGACAGAUUUCACCUCCUUUGGGACUCCCUUCUCCUCACCACCACUUGAUCAAUCAGCUCCACCAUCACCAACAGUUACUGUCUCCUCCACAGCAGCAGCUCUUGUCCCCACCACAACUCCCCUCCCUCCUUCAUCACCACCCGCACCAGCAGCAACUCCUCCUUGGCAGUGGUGGCGUCGGAGGCAGCACGGUGAACGGAGGAUUGUUCUACAACAACUAUAUCCAACAAAAGGUUUUCUACUACUUCCAGCCACUCCCCCUUAGUUCCAACGGGAGCAACGUCGUGGUGAGGACGGCGAGUAAUGAAGUGUCCAAAGUUUGAGCGUUUUUUUAAAUAAAUUUGUUAAAGCGGAGCGUUUCUUUUUGAGCGUUUUUUUAUUAACUAAAAACAGA